GACGCCUGCUUCUGCACCAGCUUUGUCGUAGGAGUUAAUCCUGUCUUUGUCUUUGCAAGAUGUCUGAGAGAACUCUCCCCCUGGUUUUCAUUAAUCUUGGUGGAGAAAUGCUUUACAUACUGGACCAACGCCUGCAAGCUCUCAACACGUCUGAGGACAAUUCAGAGAAAGUUAUGAAUGACAUUGUUGGGACACUGUUUAGUAAAGACUUUAUGGAUGAACUUCUCAAACCUCAGCAGCUGUAUUCUCACAGGACAAUGAAAACAGUGCUAACUCGGAUAGCGCACGCCUCCAUCAUGAGGUUGAACCCAGCCAGCAUGGACAGGCUUUAUGAGCUGAUGGUCAUGGCACUCAAAUAUCAGGUCUUCCUCUGCCCUCGGCCUAAAGACUUGCUGCUCAUCACUUACAAUCACAUAGACACCGUAAGGGAAUUUGUGAAAGACACUCCUGUGCUCGUGAACCAAGUGGAUGAGACACAUAGGAAGAUCAUUGAGGUGUACUCAUCUCUACCAGAAGGUGAAUUCCAGCUUCUCAGGCAAACACUGCUCAUAUUUUUUCAAGACCUGCAUGUUCGUGUGUCACUUUUCCUCAAAAAUCAAGCCCAGAAUCCCAAUGGACGUUUUGUCCUGUCAACAUCAGGCCCAGUGCCACAUGGGGUGGAUGUUCCAGGGCUUAUUAGGACGUUUGACAGUAAGGGCAGAGAAGUGAGACGACGCGAGUUCCCCACAGGAGGAAGUUACACCAGCCCCAUCAGAAAGGGAUGCUUCGAACUGCAUGGAGACAGAGUCCUCAGACUGGGCAUAAACAUGUACACCGUGAACCAUCCAGAGGAGACACAUACAUCCAAGACUCCCUCUGUCAAGACAGGUGACACUCCCAACCUGCUGGCCAAAGAGGAGCUGAACCUGCUGGCUCGUCUGAUGGGCAGCAUGAAGGCAGAGAACAGGCCAAAAACUGAGAGAGGCUUUAGGAUCAACCUGUUCACUACAGACCAAGAGGAGGAGGAGGCGGUGGCUUCAGGUGCUGAGCAGUCCAUGUUUGGAGUGAUAAAUAUUCAAGCAAUGCAGGAUGAACAGGCUGCGACUCAGCUGGCUCGAAUCGCCGGAGAGUUUGCAGAAGGAGAGGAGCAGCCUGAAAAUCCCAGCAGCAGCAGCAAAGGAGACGACCUGCUGGCCAUGAUGGAUGACCUUUGACCCUGUUGUGUCAAUGAGUUUCAUUUACUGUUUCAACUUUACCACCUAACUCUUAAUCUCAAAAUUACAUUAAAAAUCUCAAAAUUACAUUAUCAAAAUUAUCUGUCACUGUGAUCUCCUGUUUAACCUGUAAAAUAUGCAGUUGCAGGUUGUUUAACAUUAAAAUACAUCAGAGAGUAAAAUACAUAUCUAAUAACUCAU